CUCCCACUCAUGUAACUCAUCCCACCUAUGAAGCCAUGAUACUCUAGCCUACUUUCCUUUCUCCCUUCCUCCCUCCCAUACACCACCGAAACACGACCACACCCCACCGCAUCCCUCAAGAUGGUCCGCUACAAAGCCCGCUAUCUCCUAAUAACAAUCCACUACCCAACCGAGCCCGCCCCCCCGGGCUCCAACCCUACCCUCCCUUUUACCCACCCCUCCCAUCCAAGCCUAACAAAACAAUCCCUCAGUAAUCUCAUACGCGAUAGCCUAGCCCUCCAAUUCGGCGACUACGGUGCUGGCGCAGCAGGGAACAUGACGGUAAAGUACUUCUCGCCCGUCACGUCCACUGGGAUAAUCAAGGUCUCGAGAGCCCACUACAGGAUGUUGUGGGCUUCUCUGACCUUCAUGAAGGAGGUGAUGGGCAGGGGGGCAGUGGUUAGUGUUGUUAGGGUUAGUGGAACAAUUAAGAAGGUGCAGAUCGAGGCCACCAGGAGAGCAAAGGAGGGGAUUCGACGGGCACGGGGGGUUGGAGGAGAGGGGGUUGGGCUGGAUGUUAUGGACAUUCUGGAUGAUGACGGUGACGGUGAUGAGGGCAGUGGGGAUGAGGAAUGAGGGUUUGGUUGGAUGAAGCUGCAUUGUAACGCUACCUGGAGGGCGUUUGAUAGAAGCAAAUCAGGAAGGCGUGGUUCGAAGGAUGUGGAUGGUAUUGGUUGGGGAAUCCCCCUUCCAUUGUUCAAUCCUAAUAAGCUAUGGAUUUACGAAGCCUCAGAACAAAUCACCGACCCUCAACACUUGUCCCGUACCAAACCCUGAGUACCCCCUAAGUAUAGAGAAUAUAUCACUAGAACGUUUGUCUGGCUGUGUA